CCCACCCACCACCCUGUUGACCCUCCCCCGACUUCUCCGCGUUCUUUAAAUUUUCUCUCGUCAUUCCUCCUCUGUCUUUAUUGUCCAGCUGCAGCUCGUUCCUGCUGAAGAAUGCCCGCCGCAUAAAGCCCAGCCAGCCAGCACCGUGACAUACACCACCGACUUACACACAUCACCACCACCCACAAUGACCAUGUCCUCCAUGCAACUCUCCACGCCGUCCCCCGGCGCCACGGCCCUCCCCGAAUCCCGCGUCCUCAUCAUCGGCACCGGCGGCACCAUUUGCAUGCAAGAAGGUCCCGAUGGCCUACAACCGUCCGGCAACUUUCUCGAGGCGGCCAUGGCGCCGAGCCCGUCGUUCAACGACAACUCUGCUCCCCCCAACGCCAUCACCCUCCAAGCCUGCAAAGACGGCAAAAUGAUCCAAAUCCCCUCCCUCCGCACCCCUCCCACCGCACACAAGCGCCACAUCCGCUACGGCAUCGUCGAAUUCGACCCGCUGCUCGACUCGUCCUCCAUCUCCGCGCUUGACUGGGACGCCAUGGCGCUCUGCGUGCAGCAAAACUACGCCCUGUUCGACGGCUUCGUCAUCCUCCACGGUACCGACUCGCUCUCCUACACAGCCUCCGCCCUCUCCUUCAUGCUCGCCAACCUCGGCAAGCCCGUCAUCCUCACGGGCUCCCAGGCGCCCAUCUUCUCCCUCCAGUCCGACGCCGUCGACAACCUGCUCGGCUCCCUCAUCAUCGCCGGCACCUUUGUCAUCCCCGAGGUCGGCCUCUUCUUCCACAACAAGCUCUACCGCGGAAACCGCACCACCAAGGUCUCCGCGACGUCCUUUGAGGGCUUCGCCAGUCCCAACUGCGAGCCUCUCGCGCAGGUCAAUGGCCUAGGUAUCAGCGUUAACUGGAAUCUCGCGCUGCGCCCGACAAACAUUGCCCGCUUCAAGAUCAACACUCGCCUCGACACAACCCACGUCGCAUGUCUGCGAGUCUUCCCGGGCAUCAAGCCCGAGAUGAUCGACGCUGUUCUACAUCUCCCCGAUAUCCGCGGCCUCAUUCUCGAGACAUUCGGCAUGGGUAAUGUCCCUGGCGGCUCAGACGGCCAGCUGACAAACGUCAUCAAGGCCGCUGUUGAGCGCGGCAUUGUCGUCGUCAACGUCUCGCAGUGCGUCAACGGCUUCGUGUCGCCCGUCUAUGCGCCGGGCACACAGCUUGGGCGCGCCGGCGUUAUCUUUGGCCUCGAUCUCACCGCCGAAGCUGCCCUUGCCAAGCUCUCUUACCUGCUCUCGCUACCCAACCUUUCUCCGCUGGACAUUGCGGCACACUUCCCGCGCUCUCUCCGCGGCGAGCUCACCGAAAUCGCACACCCGACCUUCGCCCAUCCCACAGCUCCUCUCGACGCCGCGCCAUCGAGCUUGACGGCCAUUGAAUCGGCAUUCACCGCUCUCGGCUACGCCAUCCAGAACAACCAGAUCGAGGUCGUGCGCCACCUGCUGGAAGGCGAGGGCAGACAGCUGCUCCACGUCUCCGACUACGCCGGCAACACCGCCGUCCAUCUGGCCGCUGUGUCUGGAAACACUGAAAUCAUGCGCGAUCUCCUGCAGCGCGGAGCCAGUGUCCACGAGCGCAACAGAGCAGACAACUCGCCCUUGUUCCUGGCUACCUUGUCUGGCAAGGAUGACUGCGCAAAGCUGCUCAAUGCUGCUGGUGCGCACUUGUCCAUGGAGGAAAUCGAGCGAGGUCCUCUGGCCAAAUACCGUACUGAGAACCAGACCAAGGCGGCGUAAAAGCGUUCAACCUACACGGACUUAAUGAAGACGCGCAGUAUACGUUUACCCAGUUGCUGCGUCUAAUAUCAUGUUUACAAUAGAAAAAAUGACUGCAUAGCGAGUGUGCACUGAUGAUCACCAUCGACGGAACAAACUGGCACAUAAAAGUACAUCAAUCCAUCCAUUGUUUAAUAGAGUAG